CUUUGAUUGACAGUGUUGAAACGACUUUUCAAGUCGAAACAUCCUUGCCCUUGAGUUUUAAGUUUUGUGUUGUCCUCUGUGUAUAUUAUUUAUAUUCCCUUUAUAAUAAAUUUAUUGAAUAUGAAUUUAUCACAACAUAGUAAAAAAUAUAUCUCUUAUUACUACGAUGGUGACGUUGGCAAUUUUUAUUAUGGAGAAAGGCAUCCAAUGAAGCCUCAACGCAUAAAAAUGGCACAUAAUUUAAUUUUAAAUUACGGACUUUACAGAAAAAUGGAAAUUUAUAGACCCUUAAAAGCCAAUUUUGAGGACAUAGAAAAGUUUCACAGUGAUGAGUACAUCAAAUUUUUGAAGUCAGUUGCACCUCAUAACGAAUCAACAUUCAAUAAAUCUGUUCUUGAAAAAUUCAACAUUGGAGCUGAUUGUCCAGUAUUUGAGGGAAUUUAUGAAUUUUCACAAAUCUCUGCUGGUGGUUCAAUAGCAGCGGCUAUUAAAUUAAAUAAAAAAAAAUCCGACAUUUGUAUUAAUUGGGCCGGUGGUUUGCAUCACGCUAAAAAAGGCGAGGCUUCUGGAUUUUGUUAUGUGAACGAUAUUGUUCUUGCAAUUCUUGAAUUACUCAAAUAUCAUCAACGUGUUUUAUAUGUUGACAUUGAUGUUCAUCAUGGCGAUGGAGUUGAGCAAGCAUUCUAUUUAACCGACAGAGUUAUGACAGUUUCAUUUCACAAGUAUGGAAAUUAUUUUCCAGGAACUGGAGCAGUUGAUGAAAUUGGCAUUGGAGAGGGAAAAUAUUAUUCUGUCAAUGUACCUCUUCAAGCGGGCAUUACGGAUACAAGUUAUCAGAAAAUUUUUGUACCAAUUAUGGAUGCUGUAAUGUCAUCUUUUCAACCAACGGCAAUUGUAUUGCAAUGUGGCGCUGAUUCUCUAUCGGGAGACCGAUUGGGCAGUUUUAAUUUAACAACAAAGGGUCAUGGAAAAUGUGUGGAAUAUAUGAUGAAAUAUAAUAUACCUCUAAUGCUAGUUGGUGGUGGUGGUUAUACAAUUCGAAAUGUAUCGAGAUGCUGGGCAUAUGAAACUUCAGUUGCAUUAAAUAGCGAAAUAUCUGAGGAUCUCCCUUAUAAUGAUUAUUUCGAGUAUUUUGCACCCGAUUAUAAACUUCACGUUAAGGCAGCAAAAGGCGUUAGCAAUCAAAAUAACGAGGAAUAUCUGGAAAGCAUCAAGGUGAAAGUUUUAGAACAUUUGAGAAUUUUGGCUCAUGGGCCAAGUGUUCAAAUGCAAGAUAUUCCAGAAGAUUCAAUUCCGGAAAUACUUCUUGAACCGGAAGAAAAAGUCAAUUCAGAAAAAAGGUUACUGCAAUCGGACGUGGAUAAGAGAAUUGAACGUGAUAAUGAGUACAGUGAUAGUGAAGAUGAAGGCGAAGGUGGUCGAAGAGAUAAUCGAUCUUAUGAGCGUCCAAGUAAAACACCAAAAAUGGAAUUGAGUAGUGAAAUAAAUUGCAACAUUGAAGAAAUGGACAUAAAAGACGAUACUAAUGAGAGUAAAAAUGACAAUGGAAAUAAUAUUCCAAGUUAAAUAUAUAAUAUAGGGACAAUUUUGCAAUGAAAUUAUACAUUUAAUUCACUUUAUUAUGACUUAGUUGUAAAGAGAAAAAAAAAACUACAAUUGUGAUAUAAUCAUAGGACGUACAUGUAGUUUGGUUGAUUAUUUUUAAAUAAAUUUUUAAUUAAAAAAUUA